GAGGGCGGCGACCGAGGCGCACGCGGCCCGCGCCCCGGGGCGGCUGCGAUUGGCCGGGCCGUGGCUUGCCCGCCCCCGCGCGCGGCCGGCGAGCGCUGCCCGAGGUCCGCGGAGGCCGCGCCGCCGCCAUGAGGCCCCGGACGGCCUGGCUGCUGCUGCUGCUGCUCCUGGCGCUGGCGCAGCUGCUGGCCGCCGCGGGCCCCGACGGAGAUUCUUCCAAUAAAGAAGAUGCCAUUGAGGAUGAAGAGGAGGAGGACGACGACGACGAGGAAGAGGAGGAGGAUGACUUGGAAGUCAAGGAGGAAAAUGGUGUCCUGGUCCUGAAUGACAUGAACUUCGAUAACUUUGUGGCUGACAAAGACACGGUGCUGCUGGAGUUUUAUGCUCCGUGGUGUGGACACUGCAAGCAGUUUGCUCCGGAAUAUGAAAAAAUUGCCAGCACCUUGAAGGAGAACGACCCUCCCAUUCCUGUGGCCAAGAUCGACGCAACCUCGGAGUCCGCGCUGGCUGGCAGGUUUGGUGUGAGCGGUUACCCCACCAUCAAGAUCCUCAAGAAGGGGCAGGCUGUGGACUAUGAGGGCUCCAGGACUCAGGAAGAAAUCGUUGCCAAGGUCAAAGAGGUCUCCCAGCCCAACUGGAUGCCUCCCCCAGAAGUCACUCUUGUGCUGACCAAAGAGAACUUUGAUGACGUGGUUAACGACGCAGACAUCAUUCUGGUGGAGUUCUAUGCCCCAUGGUGUGGACACUGCAAGAAGCUGGCCCCCGAGUAUGAGAAGGCCGCCAAGGAGCUGAGCAAGCGCUCCCCCCCGAUUCCCCUGGCCAAGGUGGACGCCACUGCGGAAACAGACCUGGCCAAGAGGUUCGAGGUCUCUAGCUACCCCACGCUGAAAAUCUUCCGCAAGGGGAAGCCUUUCGAUUACAACGGGCCACGGGAAAAAUACGGUAUUGUCGACUACAUGAUCGAGCAGUCUGGGCCGCCCUCCAAGGAGAUCACGGCUCUGAAGCAGGUCCAGGAGUUCCUCAAGGACGGGGAUGAUGUCAUCAUCAUUGGGGUCUUUAAAGCGGAGAGCGACCCAGCCUACCAGCAGUACCAGGAUGCCGCGAACAACCUGAGAGAAGAUUACAAAUUCCACCACACUUUCAGCACUGAAAUAGCAAAGUUCUUGAAAGUCUCCCCAGGGAAGUUGGUCGUCAUGCAGCCUGAGAAGUUCCAAUCCAAGUACGAGCCCAGGAGCAACGUCCUGGACAUCCAGGGCUCGGCGGCCGGCUCGGCCAUCAGGGAGCACGUGCUGAGGCACACCUUGCCGCUGGUGGGCCACCGCCGCAGCGCCAACGACGCCAAGCGGUACGCGCGCCGGCCGCUCGUGGUCGUGUACUACGGCGUGGACUUCAGCUUCGACUACAGAGCGGCCACUCAGUUCUGGCGGAACAAGGUGCUGGAGGUGGCCAAGGACUUCCCCGAGUACACGUUUGCGGUGGCCGACGAGGACGACUUCGCGUCGGAGGUGAGGGACCUGGGGCUGAGCGAGAGCGGCGAGGACGUCAACGCCGCCAUCCUGGCCGAGGGCGGGCGCAGGUUCGCCAUGGAGCCCGACGACUUCGGCUCGGACGCCCUCCGCCAGUUCGUGCGGGCCUUCAAGGAAGGAACCCUGAAGCCGGUCGUCAGAUCGCAGCCGGUGCCCAAGAACAACAAGGGGCCUGUCACGGUGGUGGUGGGCAGGACCUUCGACUCGGUGGUGAUGGACCCCGGGAAGGACGUGCUCAUCGAGUUCUACGCCCCCUGGUGCGGGCACUGCAAGCGGCUGGAGCCCGAGUACGCGGCGCUCGCCAAGAAGUACAAGAACCACAGGAACCUGGUCGUCGCCAAGAUGGACGCCACGGCCAACGACGUCCCCAGCGACCGCUUCAGAGUCGACGGGUUCCCCACCAUCUACUUCGCCCCCAGCGGCGACAAAGAGAACCCGAUCAAGUUUGAGGACGGAAACCGAGAUCUGGAACACUUGAGCAAGUUCGUAGAAGAGCACGCCACGAAACUGGGCAGGACCAGGGAAGAACUGUGAAGGCCCGGAGGGAGCCCCGAGGGAGCCCCGGGGGGAGCCCCGGGGGGAGCCCGGCGGCGGGGGCGCUCGGCCAGGGCAGGGUCCCUUGGGGCUCAGGGGUUUCGUGCUCUGGUAUCUCACCUCAUGCUCUGAAUACUGAGUACAGAAGAAGGACUCCAUAGAUUGGCCCAGAUUUUUACAGAGAAUACAUCUAUUUUUACCAUUA